AUGUCCAAGCUAAUCACUGUUUCGCACUUCGACCAGAAAGCCAAGGUCGAGCUAUAUAUCCGAGAUCUGGGGGCGCCGGUCACAUUUGUGUUGCCGGGGUAUUUCAUGACCAACUAUGCUGCGGUUGGACUUUUGCGCAAGGGCGACGGCGGUAUUUACACACUGGCGUAUCCAGUGGGCGAUGACACCGAAUUUCCCCUUGUAGAUAUAUCGCUUGAUAUGGGUAAGGAGACAGUGCCUGGGUUAUUGGAAUGGAUCCAUGGGUUUGGGUGGGCCACAGGAAAAAUACGUUGCAGCGUCAAGCUCCGGUCGAGAGUUCUGGGGGGCCGGAUCCUAGCUCCAGCUGAUUAUGAUACUCCGCAGCGGAUUCUUGCGGGAUUUGAGAGCUUCAUUCCGGGCGCUAUGGGGAUGGAAAUGCUCGAGAACCGUCUCUUCAUUGCAGACCCUGGGUACUAUAAUGGCCAGAGUCUGAAGGAGAGUCAUGAUCUGCUGGCGGAGGCGGGAUUCCAAAGCACCAGCUGGCGGGAGUAUCUGGAAGAAAACAAGACCAGCUUUGCUUGGAGGUUGCUCCAGGACCCUGGCAUGUCCUGCGCCAUCGAAGGGAAUCUCCCCGAGAAUUCCACGGAGGCAGUGGUGUUGAACAAGGAAAUCUUUGCUCUCUCGGCAAUCCUCACCAAGUCUCAAGUGAGCAAGUGGAACACAGAAGUGAUCGACUCUAUCGAGUUGGAUGAAGGCGAACUUGACCUCGACGACUAUACCCCCGAUAACUCGACGAUUCAGGCGCGCGAUCAAUACUACGAUGGAUUUGGCAAAGACCCAAAACCGGCCCAUUUUCCCGAGAUGGUGUUUCUCUCACAACCGGAAGGGGUGAGUCUCACCGAAUGCCACGUCGAAUUCUCCAACCCCGACCCAAACGAAUGCAAGGAGUUUCCCCGUAAGGGCAAUAUCGAGACACUGUAUCCCCAGGCCAGCCGGUACGGGAAGGUCUUCAAUUGCAUAGGGCCCUCUGAAGACAAGAUUGGACAUGGAACUUGUAUGGCGGACAAGGUCAUCGGCACCCUGUAUGGGAGCGCGAAAAGUGCCAACCUCAUCAUGGUACCGUGGGAACUCGACGAGCUCGACGCGACUAUGUUCGCGGCAGCUGGGAACGAUGGGGAGACUGAAGGACGCGCCGAAGUCGAUGAGUAUCCAGCUCCUUCGCCAAAGAAUUCAAGAGUGUGA